GGUCUCCGGAACAACUGACGUCAUCACACUGCGUCACAGGAGGAAAACAAACACAAUAGACUCUGAUCAGUUUCUAUGAUCUUUGAUCGGUAUUUAAAUGAUUGAUCGUUUAGAUAACCGGUUAAAUAUCUGUGUGUUCGGUUCGACCGGAAAACAAAAUGGACUCCAGCGGGAAAAUAAAACCGAAGACACGAACAUCUUCACCGUGUUUCUAACCGCCAAACUCCCGUUGUUUCCAUCUACUGACUGGACUCUACUGGUUUCUAUUAACUGGACUCAAACUGGGUUCUGUAGUUUUUAAUAACUGGUUUCUACUGUUGGCUGUGUUGACCUUUGACCUCCACCAUGAGCUCCAGGGUGUGCAGGACCUGCGGGGGGUCAGAUAUAGACGUGGAUCAGGCCCGGGGCAGCGCGGUGUGCACCAGCUGUGGUUCUGUUCUGGAGGACAACAUCAUCGUCUCUGAGGUCCAGUUUGUGGAGGGAAGCGGAGGAGUGUCGUCUGCUGUGGGACAGUUUGUCUCUGCUGACGGUCCAGUUAAGGCUCCUCUUCUCGGUUCUGGUUUUCACACCAGUGUUGGAAAAGAGUCCAGAGCCCAGACCCUGCAGGGCGGUAAGCGUCAGAUCCAGCAGCUGGGCAGUCAGCUGCAGUUGAAUCAGCACUGUUUGGACACGGCCUUCAACUUCUUCAAGAUGGUCGUCAGCAAACACCUGACGCGAGGACGAAAGACGGAGCACGUCAUCGCCGCCUGCCUCUACCUGGUGUGUCGCACCGAGGGGACGCCACACAUGUUGCUGGACCUGAGCGACCUGCUGCAGGUAAACGUUUACAUCCUGGGAAAAACCUUCCUGCUGUUGGCUCGUGAGCUCUGCAUCAACGCUCCUGCCAUCGACCCUUGCCUGUACAUCCCUCGGUUUGCUCACAUGUUGGAGUUUGGCGUGAAGACUCAUGAGGUUUCCAUGACGGCUCUUCGUCUGGUUCAGAGGAUGAAGAGGGACUGGAUGCACACGGGGCGCCGACCAUCUGGACUCUGUGGAGCAGCUCUUCUGGUCGCGGCUCGGAUGCACAAGUUUCGUCGUACAGUCAAAGAUGUGAUCAGCGUGGUGAAGGUCUGCCAGACCACUCUGAGGAAGAGGUUAACAGAGUUUGAGGACACGCCCACCAGUCAGCUGACCAUUGAUGAGUUCAUGAAAGUAGAUCUGGAGCAGGAAUGUGAUCCACCCUCUUUCACCGCUGCACAGCACAAAGCCAAGAUGCAGCAGCUGGAACACGAGCUGGCCAGGAAGCUGGACGAAGUCGAAGGAGAGAUCAGCUGCUACAAAGAUGAGAUUGAGACUGAGCUGGAAAAGAGCCGUCCUAAACUCAGAGGAAUCUACGCUGCCUAUGCCAAAGAAAUCGACCCCGAGGACGUUGAGGUUCUGUCCUCCAGCUCUGAACCUGAGGUACCAGAGGUCGAUGACGCCGAGCUCCAAGUUGCCGCCCAACACCUGACUCAGGACUUCCUGUGUCAGGUGAUCCAAGAGGAGGAGGGGCGGGGCAAAAAGACAGGUGACAGCGAGAAGGAGGCGGGGCCAGACAAUGAGGGGGCAGGCCAUCAGCGUCAGGCCGCCCCUCUAACCUCCAUCCUGGGAAAGCUGCCAAGCGCCGCCAGCCUCGGCCUCCAACAGACCUUCCAGACCUUCACCGAGUCAGAGACAGGCGAGAACCCAGACGACGAGCAGUCAGAGAGUGGCGAGCUGGACCUGAACGGUAUCGACGAUCAGGAGAUUGAUAAGUACAUCCUGAACGAUCGGGAGGUCCAGGUGAAGACAGAGCUGUGGAUGAAACAGAACGCCGAAUACCUGAAAGAGCAGAAAGAGAAAGAGGAGAGGAUCAGGAAGGAGAAAGAACAGGGGACGUAUAAAGAGAAGCCGAAGAAGUCCAAGAAGAAGAAGGAACAGAUUCAGGCGUCGACGGCGGGCGAGGCGAUCGAGAGGAUGUUGGAGAAGAAGAAGAUCUCCAGUAAGAUCAACUAUGACGUCCUCAGAGACCUGAACAGUCGAGGGACAGGAAGUGGGGGGGGCAGUAGUCCCAGCAGAGCCUCCUCUGACACUGUCGCCGCCACACGGAAAAGACUCAACCGCCGCCGCCGCAGGAAGAACAGCGACGCUAACCGAGACUUAGCGGCUAACACUAACAUUAUGGGGAAGAGGGUCCGCCUCCUCCUGUCCUCCAGCUCAAAGAGGAAGAAGACAGCCGUCCAGGUCGAAAACCCCGUCACCAUGACAACAGAUACAACAACAGAGGCUGCACCUGAAGCGACGCCUGAACCUGAACCUGAACCUGACACCAGCUCCGCCCCUCCUGCUCCAGCCACUGUGGCAGUGGAGGAAGAGGAGGAGGAGGAGGAGGAAGAGGUGGAGGUGGAGGAGUGUGUCAGCGCUCUGCAGCUUGUAGGAGAUUAUGGCUGUGAGGCGGAGGAGGAGGAAGUCUUUUAGCUCCGCCCUGCUGACCUUUGACCUCCAGUGAAUGAACUCUCCGUCCCGUCAGACUGAGGCAGCUCCGCUGAGACCGAUCAGUGUCACAGAUCAAUAAACAAUAUUGAUCAUCAACUAAACAUGUUC